GGCAGGCGAGCUUGCGUUUCUCGAUCGACGCUGCAGUUCCUUCCUGCGUUCCAGAAUGCUGCUGCUCACUCUCGGUUUCCUGCUACUCGCUACCUCAACGGCGCUGGCCGCAGAUUACAAAAGGUGUCCCGACGGAAGCCUCUGCCACAAAACCGGCACGUGCUGCCUGCUCCCCGUCGGCCGCUACUCGUGCUGCACCCUGACCAACGCAGUGUGCUGCUCCGCGCGAAGUAGCUGCUGCCCCGAGCACUACAUCUGCGACGAGGCGUCCAACCUGUGCGCGCCAGGAGGCGCGGCGCGCAAGGAUUCGAGGAACCAGAAUGCGACGACGACCACUGCAAAGGCAGCGUCCAAAUACACCGUCGGCGCCAGGGAGCUGCACAUGACGAAGUGUCCGGCGGGUGACACGUACUGCUUCCGUGACAACAGCACGUGCUGCCGCCAGGGGACCGGCUCGUACGGCUGCUGUCCCGACAAGGACGCUGUAUGUUGCAGCGACCUCGUCAACUGCUGCCCGCGAGGCUUCGCCUGCAUCCGCGGCACGGGCAACUGCGUCCAGACCGCGUCCUUUGCGAAGCUGGGUGCCGCCGCCGGUGCACGACGCACGGCGCUUCACGCCAGACUGGAGGGCUCGGACAUUGAAGAGCCGUUGACUGUGGCGGCCAUGCCUCUCGAACGGGGUCGCAUGCUCCCUUAGGAACAAGGUUGAUGCGGCCCGUUCGGAGGCCCCACCGCGUGACUUCGAGUGGGCGCGCCCUCUCGAAUUGCAGUGUCCAAGCGUGCGAGAAGGCGCUGUAUAGAAACAUUUUAUUAAAUAUAUUUUAUGA